GCAGUAACUGACACAGUGACUCCCGAACCUUCUUGUAGACAAACGUAAAUAGUUUCAGGUUACAAUGGGUCUACCUCAGCUGCAGACAUGUUGCCUCAUCUUCGACUUAAAGACAGGCUGCAUCAUCAUGGGCAGUAUCAAUGCGGUCCUAUCCUUCACGCUUCUAUCCUUGAUGAUAGUGUUAGCAGAAGAAGUGAGAGCUAUAGAUGUGGAAUUGAUGUAUGCUGGUGACGUGGAGAUGCAGGCUGGGGUCGCAGGGCUUUACGCCAUGACCGUCAUCCUGGUGUUCAUGUUCCUCAUCAAGUUCCUGUUUGAUGUCAUCUUCGUUUAUGGAGUUUCUACGGAGCGUCCUGGCAUCAUCAAGGCGUACAUGAUCAUGUGGAUUGUAUUCUUCAUACUGUCAAUGUUCAUCUUCUUCCUCAACGCCUCCAACAUCAGUGUCGGCACUAUUUGUACCGAAAUGAUUUAUAUUGCUCACAACGUGUACACCAUCCUUCUGUGCCACAGUUUCUACAAGCAAUUGAACACCAGAGAAGAAGUGUAAACCAAUUAUGAAGCUUCUAUUAAUUUUUUUUAGUGCCAAUAGCAUUUUCGAAAGGCUGACAAUAAAACUAUUUAACUGCCAUUUCAAAAACUGUAAUUUUAAAAUUACUCGCGAUUUUUAUCAUUUUAUGUAACGUCGUAGAUGAAAUCUAAAGAACGAUGUUAUUUAAAUAACAAGAAGAAGAAGUAGACAAUAUUAUUCUACACCUUACUUACAUCACUGUAUAAAGACGGAACUCGAUUAAUUUCAAGCCGCAUUGGGGGCUUAUAAACAGAAAUGCGUUACAAACAAUCUAUAUUUUAAGCCUUACACUAGCUGCUGUCGAAGUUAAAUGUCAAAAGCCUCCAUAUACCUCUAUUAUGUAUAUAUUAGCAAUUAUUUUUAUUCACGUUUCAUUAACCUUUUAAUUGGCCGGCAAAUGAAACACUCAAUAGAAAACCAAUGUGUUUUCUAUUGAGUGUCUCAUAUAUCUACGUUAAGGCAUACCACGGGUUAAUGAAUGCCAUAAAUGUGCCAAAAUUAUGUCAAAUUAUUAAACAUAAGUAAGCUAUAUCUAAAUAUUUUAUUUCAAUGCUAUUUUAAUUUAAUGGUUGUAGGUAAAUAAAACAUAAUGUCAGAAUUUAUAUAU